GGAUCAAGAGCUAAAGAGAGAAAAAGAUACAAAAGAGUUGAGAAAGUCAAGAAUAUACUAUUGUAAAAGAUAGAUCAUAUUUCCAAACCAGUUGCUAUAGCUUGCUUUCAUCCCCAUAACCUAAGUGCUUGCCAUAUCCCGAGAAUUUUCACCACACCUCCACAAGUACGUGAGAAGCUUUAUUAAACCUCAAAAAAACAUAAGUUAUGGCCUUUUGAACUGACAUGCCACUGAUCAACCCAUUCCAACCCAUAUCUCGUCUGAGUCUCAGUUCAAGGAGCCUGUUUUCACCUCUGUUCAAGGUGGUGGCAGCAAGAAACCCUUGGAACCUUCACCAGCAUCGUGAUCAUUCGCUACUACACCACAACUUGAACACUAUCGUCAGCAACCCAUCAAAAUCAUUAAUACGGUAUCGCCAAAUCCAUUCAAUAAACCCAAUAUGGAGGGAUUCUAAAGCUCUAACAAACUAUGAAGCUCCAAAAUUACCAGCCACCAUCAAUCAACAUAAUGUUGCUGUCGGUAGUACUAUUGCUGGCGGUAAGGUUGCAACCACUAUAACUAAAGAAACAUUGCUAUCCCAGGCUAAUAAUCCUUGGGAAAGAUUCGCCAUUAGAUCCAAAUGGUUUUUGAUUAAAGGUUAUCGCCCUUUUAACAUUGAUGAAAUUAGUGCUUUUUUCUCUUGGUUUAUAUUGAGUCAUAUAAUAUGGGUAAUUUUAGGUACUACAACUUUUUUUUCAUUAUUAUUUUAUGGAUUGAAUUCAUUAUUUGCUAAAGAACUAGUUGGUAAAUUAACUGGGAAGUUUAUAUCUUGGUUAAAUCCAAGUUUUGACAUUAAAUUUGAGGAUGCUGUUGUUCCUGAAUGGAAAGAUGGUAUGAUUGAUUUUAAAAAAGUGAAAAUCACCACAGUUGAUGAUAAAGGUUUAAAAUUAGAUUUAAAAGCUGAUCAUAUUAAAUUGACUUUAUCAUUUAAAAAAUAUUAUCAUAUAAAAGGUAUGAUUGAAAAUGUUGAGAUUCAUGGAUUAACUGGAACUAUUGAUAGAAGAGAUAUGAAUUCAAAUGAAUCAGAAGUUGAUUGGUUUACAAAUAAGAAUUAUGAAUUGGGGAAUCUGAAAAUUUUGGAUUCUUUUUUGAAAAUUUAUCCUAAAAAUGGUGAAAAACCUUUAGAAUUUGCAAUUUAUAACUGUGAAUUACCAAAAGUUAGAAUCCAAUGGUUAUUAGUUGAUUUUUUCAAUGCAAGUACAAUAACAGGUUCAGUUAAUAAUUCAUUAUAUACCAUCCAUAAAAGACAACAUAAAUAUGCUUAUGUUAGUGAUAUUGAAGAUGAUUUGAAUCCUUGGAAACGUAUAACAAGAUUGAAAUUAGAUCCAAUUGAUAUUGAUGCUUUAGGUUUAAAUGGCACACAAUUCAAUUGGUUAGUUGAUGGUAAAGCUGAUAUAACAGCUGAUAUAAUGCAGCCAGUUAUUGAAGAUGAUGAAAUCACUUCUUCAAAAUAUAUUGUUGUUGAUUUUAAGAUUCAAUUUAAUGAUUUAAAAGCUAAAAUCCCAACAGAGGAACCAGCUUUUUCAAAUGGUGAGAAAUUAAUUUCAAUGGAGGAUUUAAAACCAAUCAUCAGUUAUGUUAAUAAUAAAAGAACUGAAAGUUUUGAAACAAGUUCUCCAAAUAUUUUACCACCAUUGAAUUUUAGAGUUGUUAAAAAAUUGGAUGAUUUAGAAAAUGUUUCAACAUUAAGUGAAUGUAAAUUGUUAGAUUUGAUUUCAACUGAGAUUUACAUUGAUUGGUUAAAACAUGUUCAUGAAUAUGAAAUUGAACAAAGAAAUAAAAGAAUUGCAAUGUGGUCCAAAACUGUUGCUUCACAACUGUUAGUUGUUGGAAUUGGUGCAAUGGCUUGAUCAUGAAGAUGAAUUGAAAACUUUAUUUAUUGAAGUUUGUUUAUGAAUGUUAUGAAAAAGAAAAGAAGGAAUUGCAUUUGAUCAAUAUAUCCAAGAAUUACCAAAAUUGAGCCC